GGGGUCGAUCAGCUGCAAUGGUCGAUCGUGCACGGUUGCGUGUGUGCGGACUGCACCGCCGCUCCGAGCAGCAGCAGUUUUAUUUACUAAUUAGAGUGCCGAUGUACGGUAGGAAGCGUUAAAUGUGCGUGGAAAAUGUCGAAUCCGGGCGGUAGCAGGAGGAACGGGGCCAUGAAGAUUCGUUUGACGAUUUUGUGUGCCCGUAACCUUGCCAGGAAAGAUCUGUUUCGCCUACCGGAUCCUUUCGCUAAGAUAACCGUGGAUGGUUCGGGCCAGUGUCACAGCACGCACACGUGCAAGGCAACGUUGGAUCCUAUGUGGAAUCAACACUACGAUUUGUACAUCGGGAAAGACGAUGGCAUUACUAUAUCGGUUUGGAAUUAUAAGAAGAUCCAUAAAAAGAAGAGCGGGGGAUUUUUGGGAUGCGUACGAAUAUUGUCCAACACGAUUCAGAGACUCAAGGAUACAGGCUACCAGCGACUAGAUCUUUGCAAGGCACACUCGGACGAUACGGACGUGGUCAAAGGAGAAGUCGUGGUUUCUCUUUUAUCACGGGACGGUCACAACGGUGCCGUGAGCAAUACGGUCGGGCACAACGCAGUGGUCGACGUUCUCGGAGAUUUAAGUUGUCCGACCGACCUGCCGGACGGAUGGGAGGAGAGGAGAGCGCGGAACGGGCGACUGUAUUACGUUAACCAUUACACGAGAACUACGCAGUGGAUUCGUCCAACUACGCGUAGCCCUACCAACGGUAUUAUACCCACUACACCGGAGCCACCGCCGUUACCUUCUUCCGAGCCCACGUCUCCCAGCGGUAGCGGUAGCCCUCCGAACGUGAGACCGGAGAGUCCUACCAGAUGCACGCCCGAAUGGAACGGUGAUGGAACGCCGAGCAGAACGCCCAGCAGGGACAGUUCUACUCCGAACACACCGAGGAACACGCCGACCCAGCAGCAAAACAGAAACCAGCAGAAUUCGCGAAACGCGACACCGGCGUCGUCGAGGGAGCGGCGACCGGCGCGCGCGAGCGACGAACAGAACGGGAAUCAGAAUGGGAACGCUAGGCCCGAUCGCGGCCAGACGAACAACGGUCAGCUGCGAAGGCCUAAUCGGAGCAAUAGAAACAGGAACAGCGUGAUGAUCAAUAACGAGAGGAGGUACGACCCUCCGCAACCACCGGAUUUACCGAGAGGCUAUGAAAUGAGGAAAACGCAGCAAGGUCAAGUGUACUUUUAUCACGUACCAACCGGUUCGUCUACUUGGCAUGAUCCUAGAAUACCUCGCGAUUUACCGGCGAACGAACUGGCGAAUGAACUUGGACCGCUACCGAGCGGCUGGGAAAUGCGGCAGACACAGAGCGGUCGCGUUUAUUUCGUUGAUCACAAUAACCGAACUACCCAGUUCACCGAUCCCAGGCUGUCCAGCCAGAUCAUAAGCAAUCUGUUGAACAGGCGACAGAACAGUGCAACCAACCAGACCACGGCUAGUACGAACAGUUCGGUCACGCCGGUAAGCGAACCGGCGGAGGCGGAGGUACCAGCGUCGCCGAGUAACGUGGUUCAACAGAGGGCAAGGACAGAGAAUGGAAGUAAUAAUAAUUCGCCAACGUUGGAAACUACGACUACGAUUCAGAAUGCUCAAACCGUAUCUGAAUUACCAAAGGAAUUAAUGGACAACGAACUGCUGCCAAAAUAUAAACGGGACUUGGUGGCGAAGUUGAAGUGUCUGAGAGCAGAGUUGAACGCUCUGCAGCCUCAGAGCGGGCACUGCAGGCUCGAGGUGUCGAGGAACGAGAUAUUCGAGGAGUCGUACAGAUUGAUAAUGAAAAUGCGGCCGAAAGAUAUGCGUAAAAGGCUCAUGGUGAAGUUCCGCGGCGAGGAAGGCCUCGAUUACGGCGGCGUAGCUCGAGAAUGGUUGUACUUGUUGUCGCAUGAAAUGUUGAAUCCGCAAUACGGCCUUUUCCAGUAUUCAAGGGAUGACAAUUAUACGCUUCAAAUCAAUCCCGACUCUGGGAUAAAUCCGGAACAUUUGUCGUACUUCCAUUUCGCCGGCAGGAUAAUAGGAAUUGCCGUUUUUCAUGGUCAUCAUAUAGACGGAGGUUUCACGACUCCGUUCUAUAAGAUGUUGCUUAACAAAGCUAUCACCCUCACAGACAUAGAAGGCGUGGACCCAGAGUUGCACAGAAGUCUCACGUGGAUGUUGGAGAACAGUAUAGACGGAGUACUGGAUGCCACGUUUUCGGUGGAGCACAGUAGUUUCGGAGUGUUGAAGAAUCACGAAUUGAAACCGGGUGGCAAAGACAUUCCUGUGACCGAGGAAAACAAGAAGGAGUACGUCCGUUUGUACGUCAACUAUCGCUUCAUGCGGGGAAUCGAACAGCAGUUUCUCGCGUUGCAAAAAGGGUUUCACGAAUUGAUUCCACCCCAGUUGUUAAGACCGUUCGACGAAAGGGAAUUAGAAUUGGUGAUCGGAGGUUUAGGAACCAUCGAUAUCAACGACUGGAAGAUGCACACGCGAUUGAAGCACUGUACGCCUGAUACGCCGGUAGUGAAAUGGUUUUGGCAGAUAGUCGAGUCUUAUGGCGAGGAGAUGAGAGCCCGAUUACUACAGUUCGUUACUGGAAGUUCCCGAGUUCCAUUGCAAGGUUUCAAAGCUUUACAAGGAUCGACGGGAGCAGCGGGUCCACGUUUGUUCACGAUUCAUGCAGUCGAUGCGCCGAGUGAGAAUUUACCAAAAGCGCAUACCUGCUUCAAUAGGAUAGAUAUUCCAGAGAAUUAUCCCAGCUAUCAGAAGAUGCUAGACAAACUGACGCAAGCGGUCGAAGAAACGUGCGGUUUCGCUGUUGAGUAAUGGGUAAAGAAAAUAUGAAGUUUUCUCGUUUACUGUCCUUUGGCAUUCACAUAUUCAUGUGCAAUCACUGAGAUCGUCCACGUCCAUUUCGUACUAGGAAAAAAUAUUCGCCGACAGACACUUUACUGUCGUUAAACUAUUAAAAAUUAGCUUUUGCAGUACCGAGAGGCGACGUUUCGACAGACGAGGUUACGGGAAGAGCUAGUAGAGCGGUGACGUCAUUGCGCGGAGACGUGAAUAAGAACGUCGUCGAGAGCGACGUCGGAAACACGAUUCUGGCCAAUGUGUCUUUGUACAAAAGAACGAACGGCCUUGACGGUCGGUCGUCUGCAACGGCUUCGGAACGAUCGUCGAUCGACAGACUUACGCGUGCGAAUUACGCUCUUGUGAGCUUUCCAUGCUUCGUCCGCGAAUUCUUCGACGAACGGUUCCUCAGAAGUUCUGGUUAAAUUCCUCUUUGAUCAUUCGUUGUUCGACGACCGAUAGAGAAUGGAAGAGUCACCACUUGUUCGACGUCUACCCGGAUUGGCCUACAUUCUCGAUUUCGUUUACAUUAAUCGUGUUUUCCGUAGGCUGGACGAUUUACUUGUAAGAUCGUCACCGAAGAAUCGACUCGGCUGUUUCCAAGGGACGAUGGAAAAUAUAAAAGUCAUGCAUGCACAAAUACGUAUAGAAAAUGAAUCCUUUCACGCGAUGAAAACCAUUGUUCGAUCAUGAAUACGCUCUUGUUAAUCUUUUAUGUUAAACGAAUAGGAGGAGAAUAAUUGUUCAUUUUAAGAAUCUCAUUGCUGCAUAAAUUGCGUUAAAUGAACAUCGAAUCAGCGGGGACAAUGUAUUUCAUACUCGAAAGCUUACAGUUUCUCUUGGAUCGUGAACGUGAUUAAGAUGUGCACGGUCAGUUAACCGUAUUUAACGAUCUUUCGAACGAUAGAGUUUAGCAACACCUUAAGAAUAUAUACUCACGCCGUUAUAGUCGAAUCGUCUGUUAGUGAACGACGCUGGGAAUCUUGUAUUAUUUCGAUCCGGCCACGGUGAUCGAUGUCAAAACGUGAAAUACGCAUGGUCGCCUUGAACGCCUUCGAUGUUCGUCGCGUGACGAGUUUCCAAAACGUUCUAAUGACGUUCGUGAGAGACAGACGGUAACGUUCUUACGUCGGUGUUAAAAAUUAUUUUUAAUCCAACACUUGUUUCGAAGAGGUUCUCGAUGCGAUCGGUAACGUUUGUCAUCGCGAUUCCGUCGCGUCUCGGAUCGUUGUUGCUUUUUAGGGUGAACAUGUAAAUAGUAAAGUGUUUAAUAUAAAAUUAACACGGGCGUAUAAACGUGCGGGCUUACCUAGCUUUUGCACCAUAGGAACGCAUCGGUUCUAGCGUAGGCUAAGUCAUGAAACGUGUACAUUAGCUUUAAUUUAAAAAAAAAGAAAAGUCGGGCUCAUAUUUAAGGAAAGAGUUUAUUCGACGUGUUUAUGUAAAGUUAAAACGGUUUUGUUCGGAUCGACUCUUUUUCUUUCUCUCUUUCUCUUUCUUCAUUUCUUUCUUUCUCUCUUUCUCUCUUUCUCUCUUUCUCUCUUUCAUUCUUUGUCACAAGAGUUCACGGAAUGAUCUGUGCUUUACUAUGAAUUAGUAAAACACGGGAACACUUUAUUUAUCGCACGAACACGUCUCAUUUAGUCUGUAGCAUUUAUUUUUAUUUGUAAAAAUAUCUAGUGGCUGGCGCAGCACUCAUCAUUAUUUCGUAUUAUCAUCGCAUUAUUGUAUUUUAAUUCUGCACGUAACUGUGAUCAAACAUAUCGUAAAAAGAAAACGAGAAGCAGUGGGAGAUGCCCCAUUAAUCGAUUUGUUUUUACUCGUGUUUUCUUUUUAAAAAAUUUUACGCGCUCAACGGUGCGAGAGUGUCACCCGUUUUCGGUGUCUGUGAAACACGGUCUGAUUACUUCGCACAAUUUAUCAAUCGUCGACGACGACAACGACGAGGACGACGUUAAUAUAAAACGGAACGUGUACGACGAUGACGAUAGUAAUGAAGCGAUCGUUCGAUUUUCAAGCGUUUGAAGGAUGCGUCUGAGAGGUGCGUGUUGCAAGAAUAUUGUGAAACAGUAUUAAAGAAAAGAAAAUGUAUCGGACCGGGAGGUGCUGCAUCGCCGAUCCGCGAAUAUUUAGUCACGUGACAAUAUCAUUCGUGUCCCUCUGCAUGCACGUCUCUAGUCUUGAUCGAACACUUAUUUCGCUGGGAUUUAAAUCGUCGUUUUAGAACUUCCAUUGACGAGCAAUAUCUCUUGAAAAUUGUAUCGAUAUCGAGAUAGAACGAGGAUCUCCCACGAUUUUAUUGUAUCGAAAAUUCUGUUCAGCUUCUUGUCGCAUCUGCGGGGGAAUAAAGGCCUUAUUAGUGCCUUCGAGUCGAUGUCAAUGUGGAAAUAAAUAAAAAUUUUAUGCAUAUCAUAUUUUGGAACAAAGUAAAAGUAAUGUUGCAUGAAAUUCUCUGGGAAAAAUCGAGAUGAAUAAUUCUGAAAACGCCUAAAAAUUGCCGUAACGUAGAGUCUACGAGCGUGUUGCAAUUGUAGAACAAACGGUAACUAACGACGAGGUCACCAUUUGGGCGAACAUUGUUACACAAACGAAUAAUAAUAAUAAUAAUAAUAAUAAUAAUAAUAAUAAUAAUAAUAACGAUAAUACUGAUUCGGCGAAUCUUUUCACUUCAUCAUCUCUUGCUGUCUGAUAAAAGUUUAAUGUCUGUAACGAAACGAGUGGCAUGUAGAAAUAUUUUAUGGACGAAUCGAUGAUAUACACAUUAUAAAUAAUUGAUAUUUUACUAAAGGCUCCGACGUUAAACGAACAUGUUGUAUGCACCGAGUAAUCAAACGAAAAUGAUAGCUGUGAUCCAUCUGAGCGAGUGACGACGCGUCGUUGCUCGUUUAUCAAAUGUACGAAUCAAAUGUCAUGAAUCGAAGUUCUUUGACCGUUCGAUCGCUCGUACUCCAGCAGGAAACGAUGAAUAGACUUUUUAUCAGCGUGUGUGUGUGUGUGUGUGUGUGUGCUGCAGGAGUUAAAAAAAGGAUUCAGUAUACAUAUCACGGGAACUGAUUUUCACUGCGGAAUCUUAAUUGUUGUAAAUCGAAGGGAUUAUCAAUGUUGUACGGGUAUAUAUAAAGCUCUCUCUCUCUCUC